AUGGCAGAUUUUGAAGAUAUCACCGGCUGGCAGGAUGAACUGGAAGCGUUUGAAAAGACGGAAGAGGGACGGAAGUUUUUUAGCGACGGUUGGGGGAACGCAAUCAAGCUGACUUUUGAGCAGGAGGUGCGUUAUGCGGAGGAACUCUUCCGGCAUGAAGAGAUCCAUGAAGCUCUGAAAAAAUCAGCCAAAUUCGUCAAGUAUCUGGAUGACAACCCUGAAUUCGGUCAGGACGACGAGGGCUUUUGGGAUUUGUGUCCGGUCGAGGAUAACCGGAAGGUUGAAGCCUUCAAGCGCUGGUAUGCCAUGAAGCGGAGCAUUGCCCUGGGCCCGUCGACUUUUAGCGCAGGCGAUAGGUUGGCCAUCGACGUGGUGAAUGGGGACCUUGCCUCGCUGAGCUCUCCGGAAGCAGAAAAGUUUGUACGUGAGGAGUUCUCCUGGAUUGUCGCCUUUCCGCAGGAGGUGCAAUGA